UAACGUGGUCGCCUCGGCAGCUAUUAGCCGGGUUCAACAUGUCGUCCCAUUUGCAGUGGAUGGUCAUCAGGAACAACUCCAGCUUCCUCAUCAAGAGGAAUGGACAGACCUACAGCACUGAGCCCAACAACCUGAAGUCCAGAAACUCCUUCCGCUUCAAUGGCUUGGUGCACAAGAAGACUGUAGGUGUUCAGCCAGCAGCUGACGGCAAGGGAGUCGUUGUGGUGCUGAAGAAGCGGGCAGGCCAGAACAAACCUGCUGGCUCUUAUGAGAAGAUCACCAUCAACAAGAACUCCCGCGCCACCCUCAACAGCCUGAGGCAUAUCAUCAGCAAGAACAAGUACAGAAAGGACCUGCGCAUGGCUGCCCUGCGUCGUGCCAGUGCCAUCCUGAAGAGCCAGAAGCCCGUUGUGGUCAAAAAGAAGCGCACCAGAGCAGCUAAGACUGCAUAAAUGCAAAUUCAUGAUAAAUAAAAGCUUCUUGUUAGGAAAACACAAA